UAAAUGAAUAAAUGCACCGCCCAAGCCGGCGGCGGAAUAUAAAUGAAUAAAUGCACCGCCCAAGCCGGAGCUCCCGAUCGCCAAUCCGCCCGCAGCAAGUUUGUUCAACUCGAAAGGCUGUAACCAGAGCCAGGGAAAGGGGGGUGGGGCGCUGAGGCCCCGCUCCCUGAAGACUGGAAAAAGGAGGUCCAGCCUUUUAGGAGAGACGAAUACCUACCUGCCUGAUGGAAUUAGCCAUGAAGAUCACCCAAUAAGCACAUUCAACACAAAGCCACCUUCUAAAUAUGGUCUUAACCCAGAGCUUCAGAGGAACCUGAUGACCUGAUGAACAGUUCUUCCCAGGUUUGAUAAGAGGAGAAUAAUGGUCAUCUAAAUGGGAGAGUACCAGGAGGGAAAAAGAUGAAAAGAUUUUAAAGAAGACAGACAAAACAAAGGCUUCACCAUUUUGCCUAGGUUGGACCUAGUGACCUUCAUCUGGUUGAGGGGAUCCAGAAAACAAUCAUGGACCUUGUAGAUGAGUUUAAAGAUGAUAUUUCUACCAUUCCACGAGUAUCACAGUCUAAUCAGAAAAGAGAAACCAUGAAAAAGCCAUCUAAAGUCAAAAUGGCCAUUGCUUUAGCCAAGAUCAACCGAGGAGCAUUAAUUCAAGGAUUGAACAGCAUAUCCAGAUCCUCCAAAUCAGUGGCCAAACUCCUGCAGCCUCGACUUGCUUGUAGACUUUUAGAGUUAAGGUGCAUAUCUCACCGCCUGCUGAGGGAAGUUAACGCACCAAAGCAACCCCUAUAUAACACGCAGAUCAGAAAGGGUUCUUUGUUUGAUAUCAUUUCCUUUCCAGCAAAGACUGCUUUAACUAGCAUAAUGUAUGCUUCAUACGCAGCACUAAUUUAUUUGACAGUCUGUGUUAAUGCUGUUCUGGAGAAGGUAAAGAAAAUUUUCCAAGAAGAAGAAUCCAUAAGGCAAAACAGAGAGGAGAGCAAACAUCUUAGAAAAUCCUUUUCUGAGCCUGCGCUUUCUGAGCCUAUGUUUCCCGAUGGUGAAAUCAAAGUGAAAUCUUAUUGUUCAUUACUGGAUCAGCCUGACAAUAUUUCAUAUUUUCCUGAUAAUAUGCUGAGUAAUAAGAUCCAGGUUUUACAUUCUGUGUUUGACCAAUCAACUGAAAUAAAUGAAUGAGCAAAUCUGUACAUAAAUAUCACUGAACAGCUUAAGAAUUAUCUAUGUAAUAACAUUUCAUCUGAUAAAACUAGGAAACUAGUUUUCAUAUACUGACUACUCUGCUUUUAAAAAGGGUGGGGAGGAACUAAUAAAAUGUCAUUCACAAGUGUUUAUAUGGUAGAGAAACAAAAUGAAUAUGA